AUUACCCAUGGUACCCUUAGGGUUUUAGCGACUUGCGACGGUUCUGUGAGAUUCCCAAUCAGGGGAGAUGCUGAAACUAGGGUUUAGGUUAUCGAUUGGCAUUCAACACCGCGUGCUCGUGAUUCCAUUGUUGAAUAAACACUCGUUGCCGCCAAGAAUCUUGUGUUCAGAUAAGCGCGAUUACAAUUCCUCUGGACUGAGUAGGUAUGUUCCGAAGAAGCUCCGGGAGAUUAGUGAAGAAUUGAAAACUCAGCCUCUUGAUAGCUCUGACAAGGGCAUAAAUGCUAGUAGAUGGGAUCCUAGUGUACCAGGGUCUAAAGCAAACGAGAAAGAGGCUAGGGAGGAGAUAUAUAUGGAUCUGCAAGAGAGAAACGAUGCUGAGAGUUACAUGAACGUGUCUCUCCAUGGCUCUAAUGAAGGUGUUAUGAGCUUGGAGAAGGGUAUGGCUGCUGGUAGAUGGGAUCAUUGUGUACCGGGCCCGGCUGGAGCUGGCACGCAUUCGCACCUGAAGGGUAAUAAUGUGUCUUGUGAUGACUCUGAAGAAGAGUUGGAAGAAAGCAGUGACGAUGUUAGAUCGACGAGACAACACAAACAAGCUUAUGAUGAAAUCAAACUAUACAUGGAUGCUGAGACGGCCAAGAGCAGCAAAGAAACACAAGAUGCAGAGAACAUGGCUAUUCGUUAUCUUGGUUUAAGAGCAUAUACAGCAGCUGAGCUGAAGAAGAAGCUCAUUGGAAAGAAAUAUCCUCUUGAAAUCGUUGACAAAGUGAUCAAUGACUUUCAGCAUCGAGGUUUCAUCAAUGACAACUUCUGCGCGGAAGCAUUCACACGGUCUAGAUGGUCUUCCCUAUGUUGGGGACCUAGGCGGAUCAAGCAAGCAUUGUUUAAGAAAGGCGUAAGCAACGAGGACUCAGAUGCUGCCAUAAAGCUUGUUUUUGAGAAAGACAACCAAUGCAAAGAGACGGAACCGAGUCACGGGAUGUCCAAGGAAGCGUUGGAUCAGCUUUAUGUUCAGGCGUCAAAGCGGUGGCUCCAAGGCAGAGACUUGCCUGUAGAGAACCGUAAAGCUAGAGUUAUACGGUGGCUUCAGUACAGGGGAUUCAACUGGGGUGUUGUCUCUCAGCUUAUGAAGAGGCUAGAAUCUCCACUGUCCUCAGACUCCAGAUAAAUUUUAUGGUUUUGGUCCCUAGGUUUUCUAUUUGUUUUGAAUUUCUUCCCAGUUUAUGUUCGAGUAGAGUUUGAUCCACACUUUCCAGUAUCAAUAAAUUCAUUUAUGUAA